AUGGCUCGGAAGCGUGGCCUCAAAGGACACUGGGCACCAACGCAGAACGGCAUUCCCUCAACAUCAUCCCAUCAGCGGCAAGGAGCACGUCGCCAGCUCAACGAGAUUUCCAACGGACUCUCAGACCAAUUAAGGCGUCCUCAAAAUGUCAUCUUCGAGCCCAUCGGCAGCAUCAGGAAACCACCCAAAUUCUGGCUCAACGCAAUCGAAGCCAAAUACGAAGGGAAAGGCACGCCCUACACCCGCUCUGAUUUCGAAGUCGGUCUAGGCAAAUACGCAGCCCUCUCAGACCAGCCCUGUUACUGGCUCUGGCGCGAACUCAUGGAUGCGUAUCCCGAGGCGAAGGUCAUUCUCGUGCAGCGUGAUUUUCAAAGAUGGAUCAAGUCAUAUGACCAGGCUUCUGUGACGGGCGUUGCGUUCACGCCCAUGACGGAUGUUGUGGUUUUGUUGGAACCUUUACUGAACUCGUAUGUCGCGAGGGCGGUACGGAAGGUCAUUCUGGGGUAUUUCCAUGCGAGGAAUGCGCAAGAGGUCCUUGCGAAUGCGAAGGGUGUGUUUGAGAGGCAUUAUGACGAGAUUCGGGAAAAGUGUGCUAAGACGCCGGGGAGGUUGGUGGAGAUGCGAAUCGAUCAGGGUUGGGAACCGAUAUUCCCAACCCACAACAUGGCACCACACAUUAUGGUCAUGCAAAUUCGCCCUCGACUCGAACGAUGCGAUCACUUCUGGAAGCUACCACUCGAAGUCCGUCAAAAGAUCUUCUCGAUGGCAUUCAACGGCCAAAUCCUCCUGAUGAAGACCCCACUGAGACGAGCAUCGGAGAUCCAAGGCGUCAUAUACCGCAAGCGAGUGCCGAGAGCAUUCAACAACCUCCUGGUGUCAAAGAAAUUCUACGCCGAGGCUACCAAGGUGUUGUUCGAGACUGCCACUUUCGCAUUCGUGAACGUGGUCGAGGAUACUGGGCGGAUGCGUUUCAAUGGUGAGGUGAUCUGGGCGCCCAUGCCAGAUCUGACGCUGGUCACCUCACCAGGCCAACUGCAGCGUAUUCGAUCGUUUGAGGUGUUGCACGGGCUGGAACUGCAGUAUUUAGUAGCGCAAGCUGUGCGCUUCGAAAUGAUAUUGCACUAUAUUGUACUUGCAAGGUGCAACCCCAGCGACUUUGGGUUCGGGCCAUUGCAGGACAUUAUCAUGCAAACGGAUAUAGCCCGUGAUUGUUCGCACUUGUGUGACCUUCAGACUCUACGCGGACCAGACAAUAUCACCGGAGACCUCGCGAAAGUCAAGGGUCUCAGGAACGUUGAGGUUCGACAACAAGUUUGCGACAAGUGCAGGUCUGAGGCCAGGUUCUGCAAGUGCAAACUCAUACAGCUUGAGCUUGAGAUGGCUGUUCUGCGUGAGAUCUUGAAGGCAGCCGAGGAGGAAAAGGAUGGUGGUCGGAUUCGGGCACUGGAGCAAAACAUCGGGGAGAGGCAGAGGCUAUGGACGGAUGGUUCUGGGAACAUAGCGAAGUGGAAGGCGAAGCAGGUCAAGGCGGAGGCAAAAGAUUGA